AUCCUCUGUGAGGUGGACAUGACAAGGCACCAGAACCCUGAAUGCCAAGAUAUAGGGAUGGCUGAUCUCAUGCUAAUGAGGUUUAGACCAUGUUGAGCCCUACUUUUGUUCUGUGGGAUGUUGAAUAUCCCUUAUACACCUAUGGCUCCAUCUUCAUCAUUAUUGUAAUUAUCUGGCAAGUGAAAAGGAGCCACCAUAAAUUGAACUUGGAAGUUGAAAGGAGCUGCUGCUGGCGUCACCAAAAAGUCAGGCAAAGAGCUAGAGAUGCAGCAUCAACAGCUAGGAGACUUUCUCAGGAAGAAGAUGAGAAGCCACAAGAGCUGCUCUCUGUCAUGAAAAGCCAGGGCUGGCUUCCCCCGGAGGGAAGUGUGCGGCGAAUCCUAUGUACAGAUCCCUGUUGCCAAAUUUGCAAUGCCAUGGCUCUAGAGAUUCAGCAAUUGCUGGUGGAUAAGAACAACCAGAUCUCCCCAACUUUAUCGAGGAGUCCAUCACAGGUCUCCUCUUGCCUAGAGAUCUUGUCUGUGUCUAGUGUAUCCUUUGAGCAGAGUCUAGAGCUCCAUUCCAGAAACAUCAGAGAGCUUUCACUGGCAUCUAUAAACCCAACACUGUCACAAUUAACAGAUCAGAAAUCUUUAACCCAGUCAGCUGCCCAGUCAACGUAUGCAGAUGGCAUACAAGAUUACUGGGCUGAUCACCUCCACCUAGGGCCGGAAUUUCAAGUGCCAGAUGUGCUCACGGGCCCAAACACCAUAGCUUCUUCAAGGCUUGAGAAGCCAAGGGCUCCACUGAACCAGGAGGAGAUGAUGCAGAGCAACCCCAGCUCUAUCCAGAAGAACCAAGGCCAGCAUCACUUGAAUUCCCAGGUCUCCUUGCUGUCCCUGAACCCAGAAACCCCGAACCCGAUGCAUCCGAUGGCCUUGCAUAUGGUCCUCCCUGCCCACCUGCCAUUUCUCAGUCCUGAAGUGCUGAAGCUUCUUGAGGUACAUGUUAAAAAAUGGACGCAUUUCCAGAGGUGGGGGCUCCCAAGACGUGUGGAGGAGUCCCUGAGGCAGCUUAUGCCAGACCCACCAUUGUAUUACCAACCUGGAAAUGACCAGCCAGUUUCUUUCAACCUGAAUAAUACUUCUCAGGUCUCUCUUCAAAGAUUUGAGACCAUUUCCCUCCAGACCUGGUGUUCAUGUGUGGCUGGCCAGCCCAUCCAGACCUUCUGGGUUUCUGAAUGGUCCAAUAAGAACCCAGAACAAAGACACCACUGUCAGCAAAGUCCAAACCCUAUGGCUCUAGCCUUGCCCUCUCCAGCCCUUAAAGCCCUAAGUGGCCCCCAUCCACAGUCUGGGGGACAAGAUAAUGACUCAGGGAAUGAUCUCCAGCAGAAAUACAGCCAGCUAUUCUGUGGGCUCCCUUCUCUGCACAGUGAGUCCCUGGUUGCCACUUUCAUGGGAUCUCAAGGCCUCCUCAAGAAUGAAAAUGUGCCCAAGCCCCCCUUGAAGGAUCCUUUUCUCUUGAAUGAGCUUUCCUUCCCCCAACUGCUCCCUAAUACUUCACCCCAGUCAGCCCCACCCUCUUCCCCACUUUUCCCAAAUUGGGUGUCUCCAUCUGACCAUCAACGAGCUCAGAUCAAAGUCCCAUUUCUGACUCUGGCCGAGUAUGAAGCCUUGGAGUGGCACCUGCUACAGAGGCAACUCCAGCUUCAGUGGGGCUGGCCAGCUGCCCUCCAGAGGUCUCAGCACACCCAGUGCCUCAUGCAGCAUGAGCCCUGUGGCAAAGCUCAGUCUCCUGAGACCAUGACAGCUUCCCAGACAGGGAAGUCCAUCUCAGUGCUCACCAGGGAACUACUCUUCUUCCCGGAGCAUGCCCGGAAGCUGCUGGAAUUCCACAUCCAGAAACGGUUGAUUCACCAUCGCUGGGGCCUGCCUCAGAAGAUCCAGCAGUCCAUCCAGUUGCUCCUUACCUCCACUGACCAGCAGACUGUGUCCUGCAGCAGCACAGCCCUAGCCAAAGUGAGCAUCCCCCAGCCUGUAGCCCUAGAGGCUAACGGGGCUUGCGACGUGCUCUCACCCAUUGUGGCCCCAGUGUCCAUCCCCAUGCCACACUUGUUCACUCAGGUCAAGGCAAUACUGCAGAAACACAUCGACUCCAAAUGUGGACAGAUCCACCAGGGCAAGAUACCUGCCUGUGUACAUAGGUCCUGGGACUGCAGAAUUUCUGGGGUCCUGGCAGUGGCUCCUUUAAUCUGCAUUCCAGAAAGCCAGUUCCUGGAACUGCAGACAGCAAGUGACCCAGACCUACAUCACAAAGUUAUGCCCUGGAUGCCAACGGCCCUUGAUCAGCAGCAACAGGCUUUACCAGGUACUGUCACUGAACACCCUAAGCUGCUCCGAGUCUUGUCUGUGGAAGCCAUUGAGAAACUGGAGACAACUUUACGGCACAAGCAUCUGGCCUUCCUGUCGGGGCUGCCUGCUCUGUAUUAUGUGGCGCUCCCCAGGGCCCUGGCCCCGGCAGUCACUAGCCAAUCUGUCAUCACAGAGAUGGUGCCUAGUCCUAUGGAAAUCCCAGCAGAGCCUCUGAUUCAGAUGGUUUCAUUUGAAGAACAGUGUAUAAGUCUUGGGCCAUGCCCUCAAGGCAACAAGGAGAGUUGUACAGAAGUUGCAAAAGAGUUCCAGCCUGCAGUGCCAGUAAAAGGAACAAUGGAGACACUGCCUCUAGAAAGCCAGACGCAUCCUACUAGCCCCCACUCACUCCAGACACAUAUCUUGACCAAACUAAACUUCCACCUGAGAAAAAAGGUCCUAGAGAUACAAUGGGGAAUUCCCAUUAGGGCAAGGAAGUCCAGGGAACAAACUGCUGCAGCACCAGAGAACAUAUCCACACAGAAGUCUCUUGAAAGUCUAAACCACCAAGGGGAGACAUUGCUCCAGAAACUACCCAUCCCACCAGACACUCUUCCUGCCCCUAAUCCAGAAGGGGUUCACCUUAAAGAACAGCUGGCCAAUGACUUGAAGGCAGUGCAGCAGAACCAAAAGCAAUCUAGUUCCAAAGCAGUACCCCAGGGUUCUGCCCACUCGGUCUCUGAGAUCUCACAACCCAGUGGGGACAUGACAGAGGCCCACAUGCUUUGUGUUCAGGUAGAGGCCAGUGUGAACAACCCCAGCCUGGAGGAACCCUGUGGCCCUGAGCCUCAAAGCCUUGGCAAGAGCAAGGACCCAGCCCAUGUCCCCAUGCUAGCAGGAAAGAGAGAGGACCCGGAGAAAACCAAAGCAGCCAGGGACCACAGAGAAGGGGAUGCAGGGUUUGGGCGCUCCUCAACCAGAGAAGAGAGACGCCCUGCUGAAGACCAGAGGCCAGCAGGGAUGCUUCCAAACAAGACACCCCGAGGGUCCUGGCGAUGGAGCCGUAGCUUUCAUCUUGCUAAUCCCUGUCAACACAGCCCCCAGCAUCACCCUCAGCUUAAGCUCCCACAGCUACCUCCGCGAGUCCCUGGGGAGAAAGAGUCUGAGAAGGACCUGCAAGACAGUCAAACCAAGCUAAAUGUCAUCCUUGAACCAGCGACAAUUCCUGAGAACGCCCAGACUGUGGUGCCCCAGGCUUCACAGGGUCAGGCUUUCCUGAGCCAACCAACUCAGGGUAAGCCUUUGCAGGGCCAAACUUUGCAACGCCAAGUUUUACACGGGCUGGUGAUGCCAGCCCAUACUCAAAAGAAGCCCAGCCUUCCAGAGUCUAGCUUGAGAAAUAAAAUUAAAUGUUUUCUGCAGCGUAUUAACCCCAAGACAAAAGGCAAAGCGCACAAGGACUCCAUGUUCUCAGCUGCUGGGAAGGUGGCCAAAACCAGAAAAGAAAAUGUUGCAAAGAGCCUGGCUCCAGCCAAGAGCCCUGUAGGGAGAAAUAAGACAGAGAAGCCAACAGGGUACUCCAAGGCCCAAUCUCGUCCUGCUCAGAAGCUGGUAGGCCCAGCUUUCUUGGAUGGUCCCCAGUCCCUAGACAAUAAGCUUCGGCUGCACUCCAGACAACCUGGCUCUGCCUCAACCCCAGGCCACCCCCACCACUGCCCUCGUCACUGUCCUCGAGUGGCUUGUGCCCCCCAACCAGGGCACCCACCCUAGCUCCUAACCCUCAGUUCAGAUAGAAACAUUGGUCUGCUCAAGGAGAACACACAGAGCCAUGAAAAAGAGUUUAUAGGCUCCCCAACUGCUGCAGCCCUCCAGAGGACCAGUAUUGUCAUUUCCAUAAAUAUGCCGGUGGGGCAGGGUGCCACUAGAAAUACACUCUAUAUGUUUCAGCAAUACGUCACCCGUCUGCUCCUUAUCUCCACUGUAUUGUGUUAAGGGAAGGUGUGAGGGAGGGUAAAAAGACCUUCCUGUCUAGGGAAGGAGCUUUAACCCACAAUUAAGAUGGUUCAUUUUAGAGGAGUGCCACAGUAUUCCCUCCUUGAGGAGGUGCUUUUGUGUUUAUCAAAACACAAUAUCUAAUAUGACAGAUGUCAGAUCCAGAUGAUAGACUCUCCUCUGACUGCUCCCUGUUUAUAUUGGGAAGAUCUUUCUAGAAAAGCCAUCUUGGAGCCUGCUGUAAUCCUGCUGCCUGUUUACUGCCUCCACUGCCUCUCAGUUGCAUGAAAUGAAAGCCUCCUGGAAGGAGAUGACAAUAGAAAAUGGAGAAGGGCCUGUCCCACAGGCCCAGGGAUUAGUAGGGAGCAGGGGCAUGUAGUUGGAGGUCUGAGUACCUGUGACAAAAGCUGAUUCUCAUGCCUGACUGGGGCAUGAGAAUAGAGAAAAGACAGUUUGCUUGGUGCUAAAAUGAGCUUAGAGCCAGGAGGCAAACCCAAGUGCUUUGGGAGGGAUCACUGAGCUUAGUUCUGCUUGCCCUUAGUGUGAUGAAGGGCAGGGAGUUGAGCACUGAAGUUUCUGGGAAAGAACCACAAAUAUAAGAGGUUUUCUAAACAUAUGUGAGCCUGUCAAGUUACUGCCAGCAGCUUAUACCCAGGCCUACUGUUUCUAUACCACCUGUGCCUGGAGUCCUUCUCCACCACUCUCCUUGCCAUGAUCCUUGCUCCUUGAAUUUAUCUUCACAGUAGCUAAUGGUGGGCACCCAGUCAGCUGAAUCCCCUCCCAGGAUCUACCUGGUGCCUUUUCCUCAGGGGAUGACUCCUACACUUUUUCCUGCCAAGGACGGCACCACAGAAGCCUGGCAGCUCCAGCCCUUGGCUCCUGUCACCUUUCUACAUCUCUUCAUUGUGUCCCACUGCAUUUCUGAAAACACCGAAGCCAAUCACCUUGGCUAUCAAAAGAAGACACAGCUUUUGGAAAGUGUCCUAUUAACACAGAAAGUGACCACAAAUCUAGAAUUUAAUGCCACACAUGAGUCUAACAAUGAGAUCAGCUGCUCAUAACUGAGGUGGUGGAACUCUGGCCCUUUUGCCUCUCUCUGGGAAUGUCCAAUAUUUUGCUAUUCAGGGAAAUACACAGUUAUUAUUAAUUGAAAUACUAUGUGGAAUUCUCUGAAACCUUUGGAAUGAAAUGAAGUCCAAGAGGGAGGCUGAGUGGCAAGCUGAGAUCUACAAGGAGCUGCUAAGAAAUGUAAGCCCCUCCCAGUGAUAUCCUAUUCACAUUCUCCCUCACACACAGAUUAAACAAAGUCCCUCCUACAGACCUGCUUUGGGAGGUCUCUCAGUGUAGCUUGCCAUACCAAGAUGUUCCUAGAGUUCUUUCCUGCUACCUUUUCAGUCAAGCCUCCCACCCCAAUCCCAGCACCAUCACUGGGUGAGUGAUCCACCACCAAAGGCAGCUUUGGUAAUCCUAGCCACACAUCAAGCCUCUUAAUAAUGGCCAUCAUACUCAUAUUCCCUGGAACCUCUAAGGAGACCGAAGGGGACCUUGUCCUUCCUUCUCCAGUUACUUGGGUUAAGGCAAGCACUAGUCUCCCUGGAAUGCCUGACCUCUUAAGGAGCCGUGGCAGAACAGCAUAGCUCAAGGUUGUGCUUGCUCCACUCAAUAGGUUAAACAUGAGUAAAAGAUUUGGGUCACCCCCUUCCCUCUGGAAAUUUCUGGCUGAAGUGACCAAAGAAUGAUUUUAGGGCAAAAUGAUAAACAUGAACAAAGGGCAAUAAAACAGCGCAAAGAAAAUAUUA